AUGUCUGCACCACCUGCUUUAGCUGGAAUUCAGCCCACGUCUUAUGUCGGUUUUGAUACUAUUACAAGUCAGAUCGAACACCGUCUUCUCAAGAGAGGUUUCCAAUUCAAUGUUAUGGUGGUAGGUCACUCUGGAUUGGGUAAAAGUACCUUGAUCAAUACUUUAUUUGCAUCACAUUUGAUUGAUUCCGCUACUGGCACCGAUAUCACUCAAGUUCCUGUCACCAAAACGACAGAAAUGAAAGUGUCCUCGCAUACUUUGUUAGAGGACAGAGUUCGUUUGAACAUCAAUGUUAUCGAUACGCCAGGUUUUGGUGAUCAAAUUAACAACAAUAAAGUGUGGGAACCAAUUGUGAAGUACAUUAAGGAACAAUAUUCACAAUAUUUGCGUAAAGAAUUGACGGCUCAGCGUGACAGAUAUAUUCGUGACAGUAGAGUUCACGCAGUUCUUUAUUUCCUGCAACCUAAUGGGAAGGGAUUAUCAGCUUUAGAUAUUGCUGCUUUGAAAAAGUUGACAGAGAUUGCUAAUGUGAUUCCUGUCAUUGCCAAGGCGGAUACCUUAACUUUGGAAGAAAGGGCGCAUUUUAGAGAAAUCAUUCAACAAGAGUUCAAAAAACAUAAAUUCCGUAUUUAUCCAUAUGAUACUGAUGAACUUACGGAAGAAGAAUUGGAAUUAAACGAAAGUAUAAGAUCUAUCGUGCCUUUCGCGGUAGUCGGAUCUGAAAGAGAAAUUGAAGUCAACGGUGAGACCUUUAGAGGCAGAAAGACUCGUUGGGGAGCUGUAAAUGUGGAAGAUAUUAAUCAAUGUGAAUUUGUUUAUCUCAGGGAAUUUUUAAUUAGAACCCAUUUGGAAGAUUUGAUCGAAACUACAUCUUACAUUCAUUAUGAAGGUUUCAGAGCUAGGCAAUUGAUUGCUUUGAAAGAAAAUGCAAGUAGCCGUACCUCUGCAGGUCCUUCCAAUGGUGGUGCUUACCAGCGUUGA